AUGUUAUGUCUUUCCGAUUAUUCUAAACAAGUGUUAAAUAUUAAUGGUAUUAUUUCAACGACAUUUUUAUCACAACCACCUAAAUUCAAUUACGUUUCCUACAUUGAAUAUAUAUCACAAGAUAUAAUCACAAAAUUUGUUAAUAACUACAUUACAAUAAAUUUUGAAGAAGACACCUUUAGUUCCAUGCAUAGAGAUUUAUUAUUCGAAGAGAUUUGGAAAAUGUUUCUGAAUCAAUGUUUUUCGUUAAAAUCCAUUACAUUACCGAAUAUUAAAAUUAUUAAUUAUUUAGAACAAGAUAAUUCUGUAAAAAAUAUUAGAAAGUUAAAGUGUUCAACGGACAUAGAUCCUUCGUUAUUUUUAGAUUUAUCCCAAUUAUGUCAAAACAUUUCUAAGAUAAUUAUUAUUCAGAAUAAAAACCUUGAAGAGAAUGAGAUAGGAUUAAACACUUUAAUAGAAUCACAAGAUAAGAUUGAAGAAAUUAAGAUCGAAUCAUUGAUGAACAUAGAAAAUACAUCCUUAGCGAAAUCAUUACGAAAACAUAUCAAUUCACUUCAAUCAAUUUCAUUAAAAAAUUUUAAUUCAUUACCUUCAUCUUUAUUUCAAAAUACGGAAUUUCCAAACUUAAAAAUUCUAAAAAUCAAGUUAAUUAAUGAUUUAAAAAUUUUAGACUCAAUUAAAUUACCAAAUCUUGAAAUACUUGAAAUAUUAAAUAAUAGUAUUUUAAUUGAUCAAACUAUCGAUUUAUAUUCAAAAUUAAUUUCAACUGCUACAAAUGGCAAUUUAAAAAAAAUUAAUAUAGAGGUUUCAAAUGAUCAAUGUUCGGAUGAUUUAAAGGAAUUCAUUGAAAUUAUUACGAAUCGUUGUAAUAAAAUGGAAUACCUCACUCUAUGGAUCAAUGAUAAAUUAAUUGAUAAUUUAGAAAAGCUAUUAAUUAGUUGUAAAGAUUUAAAACAUAUCACACUUAAUAAAGCAACAGAUUUAGAUUGGGAAUUGGUUGAUGAUGAAUUUAACGUGGAAAAUCCGGACAAUGAAACGAAAAGUGUAACCAACAUUCUUAAUCAAUCAACUGAAAGAAGAAAAAUCAGUGAACCUUCUUCUUGGUUAGAAUUUCUAACAAAAAGUGUUGGAAUUGGUGUACAAACAAAUGAGUUUAAAUUUUUAAGUAUUUUAGCUACUCAUUCUUCAAAUAAUUUAUCUGAAUUAAUCAUUCGUGGAGAUUGGAACUUUACCAGAAAAGAUUUGUUGAAGUUUUUCGAAACUUUAAAGGAGAAAGAUUCGUUAAAACCUUUAAAGUUGCAAAUAGUUAAUAAUAAAACUUCCAUAGAAACCAUUAAUGAUGUUUGUAAAAAAUAUUCCGAGGAAG